AUGCCUCGAUAUUUGUCCUCCUUGCCCUCAGUUGAACCUCCCGUGUCCACUUCAUUACCCUCCGACUCAUUUCAACUUCUCUCGACCGAGGACAAAGCGGGCGACGCAGAAGAUAUCCUGUUCAAACAACAAGUGGAAGACAUAAAAGCAUGGUGGGCAUCGCCGAGAUAUAAAGGCAUCAAAAGGCCAUACAGACCAGAGGAUGUCGUGAGCAAACGAGGAACUCUACAACAGGUUUAUCCCAGCUCGCUCAUGGCGAGGAAACUCUUCAAUUUGCUGGCGGAGCGAGCAGCGGAGGGCAAGCCGGUCCACACAAUGGGAGCAAUUGACCCCGUCCAGAUGACCCAGCAGGCACCCAACCAAGAGAUCCUCUAUGUAUCGGGCUGGGCUUGUUCCUCCGUCCUGACAACCACCAACGAGGUUUCCGCCGACUUUGGCGACUACCCUUACAAUACCGUCCCCAACCAGGUGCAGAGGCUGUUUAAAGCUCAACAACUCCACGAUCGCAAACACUUCGAUGCGCGGCAGAAGAUGACUGCUGAAGAACGGAAAAACACGCCCUACAUCGAUUACAUGAGACCAAUCGUCGCAGAUGGCGACACCGGGCAUGGUGGACUGUCGGCCGUCAUCAAACUGGCCAAGCUCUUCGCGGAGAAUGGUGCUGCCGCAGUGCAUUUUGAGGAUCAGCUUCAUGGCGGCAAGAAAUGCGGCCACCUUGCUGGCAAAGUGCUGGUGCCUGUAGGCGAGCACAUCAACCGGCUCGUCGCAGCAAGAUUUCAGUGGGACAUGAUGGGCUGCGAGAACCUUGUCAUUGCACGAACUGAUUCAGAAAGCGGCAAACUACUCUCCAGUGCCAUUGAUGUCCGAGACCACGAGUAUAUUCUAGGUGUGACUGAGGACACGGAACCUUUGGCUGAGGUCCUUCAAGAGAUGGAGCUCAACGGUGCAGAUGGACCAGUAGUGGAUAAGUUCGAGGCUGAUUGGGUCAAGAAACACAAGCUGGUCACAUUUGACGAAGCCGUUGAAGCUUACAUCAAAGCUGAGGGCGGAGACGCUUCCGAGUAUCUCGCCAAAACCAAAGCAGAUCGCAAUAUGUCACUCUCGUCACGUCGCAAACUUUCUUCCCAAUACACUAAGUCUCCUGUUGUCUGGUCUUGCGACGUUCCUCGAACUCGAGAAGGAUUCUACCAUUACAGAGCUGGUAUCCCGGCAGCAACCAAACGUGCCAUUGAAUUUGCUCCUUACGCAGACCUUCUCUGGCUGGAGACUGCCGACCCUAACGUAUCGAAAGCUGCCGGAUUUGCCAGACAGAUUCGUGAGGCGCACCCGGGCAAGAAAUUGGUCUACAACCUGAGCCCGUCAUUCAACUGGAUGGGUCAAGGUUUCAACGAUGCUUCGCUGAAGUCCUUUAUCUGGGACCUUGCCAAGGAAGGCUUCGUGCUUCAACUGAUAUCACUUGCCGGUCUCCAUUCCGGGGCCACAAUUACCGCAGAGCUGUCACGAAGCUUCAAGGAGGACGGAAUGCUUGCAUAUGUCAAGCUAGUCCAGAGCCGGGAGAAGGAGCUUGGUGUUGAUGUUCUCACCCAUCAGAAGUGGAGCGGAGCGCCGUACAUCGAUGGAAUCAUUGGCGCCAUCCAAAGCGGCAGCAGUUCUAGCAGGAGCAUGGGCGAAGGCAACACGGAGGCGGGCUUUUGA